UGUAAUUUACCUUUCUUCUUUCUGUUCUAGAUAAUUUUUCAAUUUUACUUUUUAAAAAAUGUCUGACAAUCUCAAUUUUGGAUCUGAUCAAAAAUUUACAAUUGUUAAGGCGGUUGUUGAUGCUGGAAAAGAAACUAUCGAAAUUGGCGAAAAAAUUUUGGAGCAAGUGCAAGGAGAACUUGGGGAUUUAACUAAUUUUCAACAAGAACAUGACAAUUGUUUGUCUGAUUUGGUUAAAAUUGCAAAAACGAUGGAGGGGGAACAACAGAAUUUAACAUCAAAAGGUUGUGUGAAGGGGUGUCACGUGUUGAGAAAUGUCGAGUUGGGUUUAGGAUUGAGUUUCUGGGUUAAAUCCUAG